AUGACGAAGAAGCGCAAGAGAUAUCCGGACCUCAACCAGAAGCUCGAGCGGCCAUGGUGCUUCUACUGCGAGCGCGACUUUGACGAUCUGAAGAUCCUCAUCUCACACCAGAAGGCGAAGCACUUCAAAUGCGACCGCUGUGGGAGACGGCUGAACACGGCGGGAGGCCUGUCGGUGCACAUGAACCAGGUGCACAAGGAGAACCUCACACACGUCGAGAACGCCAUCGGCGGGCGCCAGGGUCUGGACAUUGAGAUCUUCGGCAUGGAGGGCGUCCCCGCCGAGAUCCUCGACCAGCACAACCAGCAAGUCACCCAGAAGCACUUCGCCGAGGAGGAGGAGCGCGCUCGCCUGACGGGCAACCCCGUGCGUGGCCAGUACGCGAACGGCCAGGCGCUGCCCAACAAGCGCAAGAAGGUCAACGAGAGCCUGGACGAGAUCGAGGAGCGCGCCAACAAGUUCAGACACGACCGCCAGAACGGCAUCCUGCCCGCGCCGCCUGCUGACGUUGCACCGCCGAACCCAACCCCCCCCGCAGCAGCAGCAGCAGCAGCAGCAGCGCCGCCCUACGGCGCACUCCCUGCAGCCUUCCCUGGCGCGCCCGCCUACCCUCCACAGCCCUUCCCCACAAACAGCGCCAUACCCGCGCGGCCAGGCAGCAUCCCAGGGCAGCCCGCUGCUUUGCCACCGCGACCAGGUUUCGGCGCGCCGCCAGCCCUUGCCCAGAACGGCUCGGACCCAGCAGCCAUACACGCGUCGGUCGACGACCUCAUUGGGUCGGUGGCGCACGAGGCGGCAGGGGGCGACAAGAAGGAGGACAAGAAGAGCAAGAAGAACGCCAACAUCAAGCUCGUCUUCUUCGACGACAGCACCAGCCCGGAGGAGAAGAUGGCGCGUCUCCCGCGUUUUGCCGAGUUUGCGAGGGCGUAG